AUGAUUUCUAAAGAGAAAUCUACAUUCUUUAACAGCUGUAGAAAACAAAAAAUAAAUAAUUAUUUAAUUAAAUUUACAAAAAUUAUAAAAAUAAAAUUGGAGAAAAACACAUUAAAAAAAAUGAAAUUUAUUAAUCAAAAAUACAAACUAAAAUAUCGUAAUUUAUUAGAAGAUAAAAGCUCUUUAUUAAUGAAUGAUUUGAUAGAAUGCUAAAGUAUGACUCAACUUUCAAUAGAAUUUUUAGAAGUCACACAUAAAGAUGAAUAUUAAUGUUGUUGCUCUGAUUUUGAUUUUGAUUUUGAUAGUUUUUACAAUAUUAGUUUGAUAAGUGAUAAAACUAUAUCUAAAAUAUUGAAAAAUUUAAAUAGCUGCAAAGAUCUUUAAAUUUUGAAAAUAAAGAUAAAAAACAUUGGAUAUAGUCCUAUUGAAGUUAAGAACUUAAUUUUUGGGAUAGCUAAUAUCUAAAAAUUGACAAAUUUAUCUCUUACUUUUAAGUAGUCGUUUUUUGAUGAGAAAUGUAUGGUCCAUUUAGCUGAAGAAAUUAUUAAUUGUCAAAAUUUGAAAACUUUGGCUCUUUCAUUUAAGCAAGAAUUGAUAACCACACUUUCUAUUCAUAAUUUAAUUGAUUCAAUCUCUAAAAUUACAUAGCUUGAAUCUCUAAAAUUAAAGUUUAUCAAUAAUUUGAAAGAUAAAUUUUCAUUUUAUGAAGUACUAAGCUAGAUAACUAGAGUCUCUAAUCCUAAUCUUAAGAAUUUGAGUCUAGAUCUAAGCUAUAAUCUAAUCAACUAUGAGAAGAUAUUAGAAGUUGGAGAUCUUUUAACCAAAUUAAAAAAUUUGAAAAGCUUUGAACUAAAUUUAACUUCAACAGAUAUUAAUGAGGAAUAAUUUUCUAUUUUGUGCCUUGAGCUACUUAAUAUUAAAAGUUUACUUAAUUUGAGUUUACUUUUAAGAGGUAAUUAUAUUGGAGAUUCUGGUAUUUUAAGUUUAAUCAAGCUUUUAAAAUCUUCUUAAAAUAUAAAGAUUUUUACUGUUGAUCUUAGGAGCAAUUAGAUAUGUCUUUAUUGCAAUUAAUUUCUUUAAGAAUUUUUAGAAAGCUUGAAAAAUUUAUUCUAUUUGAAUCUAUAUUAUGGUCGAAUCUCUUUUUCUUCAAUAAAUAUGCAAAUAAUGAAUAAAGCAAAAAGAUUAAUUUAAUAUGAAGAAAAUAUAAAAUCUAAAGAAUAUAGCAAAUCUGAAAGUCCUCCCUAAUUUAAAGAAAAAGAGCAAUAAUUAAUUUGGGAAUCCAAUCACUAUAAAACACAUAAACACAAUAACAAGGAUAUUGAUAAUGAUUAAGAUACUAGUUAUGAAUUUGAUUUUGAUGAUUUUAACAUGCAAUUAUUUGAAUGA